GCGUCGGGGGACGCUAGCAGGUCCGGCUGCCUCCAGGCUCCGGAGUUCCUGGGGAGAAAGUUACGCUGGAAAUGUGACUCUGCCGGGGGUGGGGUCAGUCCCUGGGCUCAGGGAGGUUUUCCGGGGGCGGGCAAGGGUGCUGCUCUCGGGAUCCCCUUCCUGCUUGGCUCCUCCUCCUCCUCCUCCCCUUCCUUGAGACGACCAUUUUGGGGAGGGGGAUCUGGAAGCCGGCUCGGGCUGCGUGGAAGCCUGUCUGGAUCCUUCCCGGCGGGGGCGGACAGGGGGAGGGUCACAAUUUCUUGAUUUCAGUAUUCGUUUUUACCGUUCCACCCUUCCCUUCUGUCUCCAGCCCCGCACCCCUCUCGUAUCGCAAGGAGCGCUUGGGCUGCGCCACCUGCAGUGUAGACCCGUCGAGAAGCCAGUGCCGGUGAAAUGGACUCGGUGACCUUUGAAGAUGUGGCUGUGAACUUCACCAAGGAGGAGUGGGCCCUGCUGGACCCUGCACAGAGGAAACUCUACAGAGAUGUGAUCCUGGAGAACUGCAGGAACCUGGCCUACGUGGAUUGGGUGACUCAAUGUAAAAGCAAAGGCUCAAUCCCUCAGUGGAACAUUCUUGCUAGAGAGACAUUUCAUGAAGCCAACAGAGCUUGUCUGGCAAGUGGCAGCUCCCAGCUCAGCGCAUUAGGAGAAGACUGGACCUGGCAUCAAAAAGAGGUGCCAGGCAAGCAGAGGGGGCAAAAACUGAAGCAAGUUGCAACCACCCAUGAGAAAGAUGCAUCUCUAGUGGGAGUCCAUGAAUAUGGUGGGACGAGGGACAGCUCCAAACCUGGCCUGAAGCUCACGCCUUCAAGCAGUGAUCCCGUGAGAAAACAUAGCCUCAAACCUGCCUCAGGUAUUUUGAAACAAGUCCUCACCUUAACCAGUAAUCCAAAAAUCUGUACAAACAAGGAAGGUGACAGAGUCUUGUGGCAAAACAUCCCAUUGAGAACUCAGAUGGAGCCCACAUCAAACACUCAGAUUACUGGUCAGAACAAUGGGCCUCAUUUACGGGAUGAAAUGUACGAGAACACGCAUGAAUGCAAUCCAUUGCAAGCCUUAGGGGAAGACUGCUCCCUUAGGAUGCUCAGGACUCAGGUUGAAGAGAAAACUCAUGACUCUCCUUGGUGUGAAAUCAGCCUUGUAAAGAACUCGCUCCAUGCCAUACACAGGCAAUUCUCCACAGCAGAGACAAAUAAUGAGAAUGAUCAAAAUGGGAAAACGUCGGCCCACAUUCCAAACUCAGACUCUCACAGAAGAUCAUCAAUGGGAGGGAAAAGCCACAAAUGUGGUGAUUGUGGGAAAGCCUUUGUGUACCAAUCAUUCCUUAGGAGGCACAGGGAAAUCCACACGGGAGAGAAGCCCCACGAAUGUAAGAAUUGUGGGAAAGCCUUCAGAUAUUUCUUACACCUUAGUAAACAUUUACAAAACCACAUCAUGAACUUUGAAUGUCAGGAAUGUGGGAAAGCCUUCAGUAAGUCCUCAAAGCUUAAUGAACAUAUCAGGAUUCACACAGGAGAGAAACCCUAUAAAUGUGAGGAGUGUGGAAAAAACUUCAUUAAGUCUGCAAAGCUGAGUGAACAUAAGAGGAUUCACACUGGAGAGAAACCCUACAAAUGUGGGGAAUGCGGGAAAGGCUAUGUUCAUUCUUCAAGACUUAAAUACCACCUGAAGACUCACAGUGGAGGGAGGCCCUGUGGAUGAAAGAAAUGUGGGGAAAACCUCCUAAAACAUCUUUUAUGUUCUACAAGAGACCACAUUCUGGAGAGAAAUCCUCAUCUUAAUUGAUAAGAGAAAGCCUUGAGUUCUUUCUCUUCACUUAAGGGCACAAAUAAGUAUAAUAGUAGGAGAGAAACGUAGUAAAUACUAUGAUUGCUGCCAUUGUAGUAGUCUCCUUCAGCUGAAAUGGAAACUCAUUAUUUUCCUGUUUUUCUUUUCUAAUAAAAUCCUACUAAUCCC